AUGGGUACCCUCGAGGGACACUUGCUGCCGGGGAUAUGCCUCCUCAUCUUUUCUCUCCACUACUCAGUGAUGGUGUCCUUGGCCCUGCUACGGGGACAGAGGUUUCUCAAACCCCCUCUGACCCCAAAGGAGAAGCGAGGACACAGGUGGUGGCAGCUGGUACCUGUGGAAGGGAUGAUGAAGGUGGCCAUCUCCCUGACUGGCAUCAUAACCGAGUUCUUCUACCCCCCAGGAGUAAACCGGAUGAUGAUGGUAGACUGGGAGGACCCUCGGCGGCCAUUUGUGUUCUAUGACAACUGGUAUCACGUCACCAUGUAUGGGUUUUUCACGCUCAGUGGCGUUGUGGACAUCGUGAGCCGGGCGUGUCAGGCGCAGCAGAACGUGAAGCUGGAGCGAGCAGCUGAGGCCCUGGCCUUCUGUGUGCUGGUCCUGCUGAUGGCAUGUCACCUGGAGAACAAGGGCACCCUGGAGGUCCGCACGCACCUGCUGUUCGUGGCGCCCACCUUCCUGGUUACCCUGGUGCUCACCAUGGAAGUCUGGGUCCCUGACCAACCCACGCUCUGGGUGCUGAAGACCUGGAUGGGGCUGGUGCUCAGCACAUGGAUGCUGCAGCUGUGUGUGCUGAUGUACGUUCCUCCCUCCGGGCAGCCCUGGAGGGCAGAAAACCCUGGCGACCUCGCCUUCCUCCUCAUCUUCUUCUGCUGGCACCUGGGCUUCGGGGCUAUCGUGCUGGCCGCUGUCUAUGGCCUCUGCAGCCUCUGGCACCAUCGCAUCUCCUCUUGGAGGGAAGUCCCACGUACCAAGUACCAGCUGUGUCCCAGAAGCUACAGCAGCGAAGAGCUGGAGAAGCUCAGGACAGAGGCCAUGCUGCAGGAUGGGGGCAUCUAG